CAUGUCGGCGGCGGCCGUGCGCGCGCGCGGGGCGGCCGGAUGUUGAUGCCGUGCGGGAGCCAUGGCGGCGGCGGCGGCGGCGCGGCCCGGCGAGCGGCAGCGGCGGGUGCAGGCGCUGAGCGCGGCGCUGCGGGGCCGCCUGGGGCCCUACGAGCCGCUGCUGAGCGCCGCGCAGGCCGCGCUGGUGUGGGAGCGGCCGGGCCGCAGCGCGCUGUGGUGGGCGGCGGCGCACGGCCUCUUCUGGUUUUUUGCUCUGACUUCUCUUCGCUUGCUGUUCCUGGUUGCAUUUACCCUUAUAGUAGUAGUUUGUCUAGAUCAGUGGAAGAACAAAAUCUGGCCUGAAAUUGGAGUGGCAAGACCUGACGAAUUAGACAAUGAGAGCUGGGGAUACGUUCACCCUCGGCUGCUCGGAGUGCCAGAACUCUGUCACCAUUUGGCUGAAGGAUGGGUGGCUGGGACCAACUUCUUAAGUAAUCUCUUCAUUUUCAAGAGGCAAAACCCUGGCAAGUUUUGCCUUCUAGUGUGUGGAGUCUUUACUUUCCUGGCUGUCCUGGGCCGGUAUAUCCCUGGACUCUUGCUCUCAUACUUGCUGUUGCUCUUCAUCCUGCUGUGGCCCCUUGCUGUGUACCACAGACUGGGGCAGCGCAUGUACAUGAAGCUGGAGCCAGCUCUGCAGCGGCUGGAUUUCAGUGUUCGAGGCUACAUGAUAUCAAAGCAGCGAGAGAAGCAACUGCGUCGCCAAUCCCUUAAUCAGGAGGCUGUGGACGAUGGGAGUGACAGCGAAGAGGAGCUUGCUGCAUUCUGUCCCAAGCUGGAUGACUCUGUGGUCGCCAAGGAACUAACCAUCUCUGACUCGGAGCAUUCGGAUGCUGAGGUUUCCUAUACUGAAAACGGGAUGUUUAACCUUUCAAGGGGCCAGACUCCCCUGACAGAGGGAUCAGAAGACCUGGACGGUCACAGUGACCCAGAAGAAUCUUUUGCCAGGGAUCUUGCCGACUUCCCUUCCAUAAACCCAGAAGCAACUGGCAUAGAUGACGAAGAUGACACCAGCAUUGGGAUCCCAAGUCUGGCUUACCGCCCACAAGUGGCAGAAGAUCUGCAUCUCCCUUAUGACCAGGAAGAAUCCAGCGCACUGCCAUCUGUACAGAAUCUUACUAACGACAUAGCUGGAUUUGUCACCAAAGGGAUGAUACAGUUUGCGCUGUCAGGAGCCCCUCAGCCAGGCUUCUCACGCAGCGACAAUCCCCAGAGAGGUGCAAAGACUUAUCUUAGAACGGCCAGCUCGGACUUGGACACUGAUGCGGAAGGGGAUGACUUUGAACUGCUGGAUCAGUCUGAGCUGAACCAGCUGGAUCCUGCUGGCUCACGGGGCCAGUAAGCAAUCCCAUCACUUCCCUCUGGUUUUCUAUUGUGCAUCGUGGAGGGAAUCCUGGAAGGAAAAGCCUUGCACAGUUACCUAGAUUGUCUCCUGUGUGAGUAUGACUGAUGUGACAGCCAGUCCUGGCUGGGAACACCACUGUGACUUGUGACUCUGUAGCCUCGCUUGGAUUUUAAAAUAAACUACACUGGUAAUUCAUAGGGAAAAGGCGUUGAUGUGAUAGUUCCACAAUCACCCAUACGUUGCCCUGCACUGUCUGCCAGGAUGCUGCUUGCUCCAAACUUCCUCACCUAAGACAAUAAAUCUGGUGUCUACAGCUCUAGAGACCACCGAUCAGACUGACUUAGCAUCACCGAGGACAAUCUUGAAGCCAACCUUCCGGGGCUGAUGCGUAACCAGGUGAACUGGAUUGGUUUCCCCUCAGACUUUAGUGUCUGGGACUUAAUGCUAUUCUGUCUUUAAGACAACUAUUCCCUGCUCCUAAAACGUGCACAGAAUCCAAGUCUUCUCUCCCAGCAAUAUCUAGCUCCGGAUAGAAACAAACCCCUUGCUCCUGUUGUGGACAUGACGGUGUAUGACCACAAUGUUUGUACUUGCAAUGACCACUCAUCUCCGGUUCCAGCUUUCUAGUGAUGCUAUUUUGUAAGAGACGUGAUGGCAAUAAGACAUCUACUGUGAUGACUAGAGUCCUGCAAAGAACAUCUACAUGUGGCAGCUGCUCUUGUGUUGCUUUCCUAAAAUAACGGACUAACACUUUGCUAAAAACCCCCUGUGCCCCUCCAGCACGUGUCCGGCGUGGACAGUGGCAAUACUGCACCUCCCCUGACGCUGCCUCUGGGGGAACUGCUAGGGAUGGGUUUUCUAGAGGAGGGAAGAGGUGGAGCUGGUCUGCCCGGCCAGUUUUGUUCUGGCCCUGGGGACAGCCCGCUGCUUCCCAGCCUUGUGCAGUUGAGAGCCCGCCGGUAGGAACCGAACGGGGAACGCCAGCCUGAGCCACCAGUGACCGAAGAGCUUGUGCCCGUUGUGGUCCCGUAAACAAACCAGCAACCUACAGGGGAGAGACAUUCUGUCAGCUGGAUGGCCCGAGCCCUCCGGCCCUCUGCCCCACUGAGCUUUCCCAUUGCUUUUUCUAAGCCAUAGAACCUGACUCCGAUCACGUUUGUGCAGCAAAGAACGUACCUCUUCAGGGAAA